AUGAAGAACGUCUUCGCUCUCCUCGCUGCUGGUAUGGCUGUCGGUGCUCUCGCGGCCCCGGCUCCCAUGCCAGAGGCAGUGGCAGAGGCCGAUGCCAACGCUGCUCCUGCUCCCGAGCCGGCGCCAGCUGCUGCUGCUACCACCACCACCACCUCCACCACCGCUGCUGCCAGCCCCACCAACUACGGCAACUACAACAACUACGUACGUCUCCCACACGAACCGGACUCCUUCCACAAUGCCCAUUGCAUUCCAUUGGGCUUCUAACACGUUUCCCCAUCCAGGGCACCUACCAGAGCUACCCAGCCAAGGGCAGCUAUGGCACGUACCAGAAAUACCCGGCCCCGGCCAGCUACAACAACUACCCCAGCAGCUACGCCAGCUACGGCACUUAUAAGCGUGAGCCCGAGGCCCAGCCAGAGGCAGAGGCAGAGGCCGACAUGGACGCUCUUCUCGAUUUGGCUAUGGCUAUCAAGCAGAAGCGUCAGCAACCUCAGGAUUAUGCGAAAUAUGGAAAGUGAGUCGUCUUCUUCCUCCACACACACACACACACCCCCUCUGGCAUGGCAUGGCAUGGCAUGACAUAGUAUGGACGCUUCACGCUGAUACGUGGAGUAGGUAUGCCAACUACGGCACUUACGACUACGGAAAGUACGCCAGCUACGGCAAGUACUCGCAGUAG